AGCUCAUAUUUACUCCAUUAUCUUAUUUGCAGAGAUGAUUAGAGCAAGACAAAGCAGGCUGCCAAUUCAUCAGACUCGAGGUCGAUUCGAUGGCCAGACCGAAACAAGUGUUAAAGAAGUACACCAAAAAUGGAGUAGAUACCCGACCCGAUAUUAGAUGGAACCUUGGAGCAUAAAGAUUUGUCACGGCUCGGGUGGUGGACCACAAGAACACAAUGUUACCGCUCUUCUCAUAAGAUCGGUUCGAUCUGGUUGGAAUCGAGGCUCGACAAUUGCCCUCGAUGCCGGUGUCCACCUCUCCGCUAUUACUCGGAUUCUCGAGGAUACGCAACCUAAGGGACUCGGAACCCAAAUCCCAUUACCUCAUGUAUUAGAGUCGGGUCCCUUUGCCGGCUUGGAGAUCCAAACAGACUGUGCAGCUACCAAUGCCGCUUGCGUAACAAGACAUCUUAUUGACACGUACCUAAUCACUCACCCACACCUCGACCACAUCUGCGGCUUCGUAAUAAACACCGCAGGCCUCCCAGUGACGAGGCCAAAACGAAUUGCCGGACUACCCUCCACCAUAUCCGCGUUUAAAACACAUAUAUUUAACAAUGUUAUCUGGCCGAAUCUAUCUGAUGAGAAUAAUGGUGCUGGUCUCGUAACCUACACGCGCCUCGUCGAGGGAGGCAGUCCAGCUCUUGGCGAAGGAGCAGGUAAAGGGUACCUCGAAAUCAGUGAUGAUCUAUCAGUGAAAGUCUUUAGUAUCAGUCAUGGACACUGUAUAGAGAGACACACCCAUCGUGGUUCUACGUCAUCCUCUCGCUUCGGUAGUGUAGACAUCUCAUCAAUGGCGUCGCCAAGAGGAGUCCAGGGUAGUAAUGCUGCUUCGGGGCCGUCUCCUCUUCUCAGAUCAUCUGGUGUUGGACGUUCAUCGGUAAUACAAGAAUCAGAAUCAGUGUGCGUCUAUGACUCAAGCGCAUACUUCAUUCGAGAUUCAGUCAGCGGUCGAGAAGUUCUAAUGUUUGGUGAUGUGGAACCCGACAGUAUUUCCCUAUCACCAAGAAACCUUGGAGUCUGGCAAGAGGCGGCUCCGAGAAUAGCAAACGGUAGCCUCGCAGCAAUUUUCAUCGAAUGUUCUUACGAUGAUAGCCAGACUGAUGACCUACUAUUCGGCCAUCUAACACCCCGCUACAUCAUUGAAGAGAUGAAGGUGCUCGCCACAGAAGUUGAGGCAAUUCGCCAGACCCCAGCCAAAUUUGAGCCGAAUAAGAAACGCAAGAGGGAGUUGGAGGAAGCGAGUAGAAAAGCAAGCCGAAAUAUUGCCAAGCCUGGCAGAGACGACGGACCCGUGUCGCCAAAAUCAAUUCGCCCGCGACGAUCAGGUUCAGGGUCAUUACCACCAAGCGAAAGUGGCUUUGAUUCCCCACAACUCUUAAGCCCUACGGCCGAGAUGAGCUCGAAAGAAUUCGAGGCUAACAUGACCCCGCCUCCUCUUCGACGCCACACACCAAACCGCCUCAAAGGUCUGAAGGUGGUCAUCAUUCAUGUUAAAGAGAAACUUCUUGGUGGCGAAAAACCAGGAAACAUAAUAUUGCGCGAGUUACUCAACCAUGAAAAGGAAGCCAAAUUGGGUUGUGAGUUUAUCGUUUCAAAAAUGGGACAGAGUCUCCUUUUUUGAGUUCUUCCAUUGCAUAUACGGCUGGGGGUGUUAACAUAUAGCACGACGGGAUGUGGCUUGCGGUAUUUGUCGGACAGUCGGAGUUGCGCGUUGCUUAUCUAGAAUAGGAGCUUCUUUCCCUUUCUUCUCGUCUGGCUAAACGUCACGGUCAACGGCGUUGAAGAUUCAGCUAUCUCUACACAGAUAGGACGGUCGAUGUGUUUUCGGUAGGCGUUAGGAGUUUCUAGAUACCUAUCAAAUGGAGCUCAGAGCUUCAUGGUUCGAGAUGAGGUAUAAUUCAAUAUGAAAAGUUGAAACCGGACUAUUAAUCCCCCGCUGCUCAGUAGAUCAUUCACAGCUCGGGGUUUCUUUCCCAUUCCAUGAAAUUGUGAAAUUGGAAAUAUUUUUAAUUCCUACAUUCGAUCUGACAAAGCCUGAUAAAUUCCACCCAG